AUGACUUCAACAACAACAACAAAGGCACCCACUACAAAUGCAGAGGAAAUUACACCUACCACAGCAGUUGGCAUUACUUCCAAUCCCACGACUUCAACCACAACAACUGCGGAGGUAAUUACACCUACCACAGGUGGAACUACAAAAGUUGAAGAAACCACAACGGAGACUAUUCCAUCUACAUCCACAAAGCCACCUAAAGUUGUCACCACUGGCCCAACUACAUCUUCUACAACUUAUAUACUUGUAACUUCAAGUUCAACAUCACAGCCUUCAACAACAAGUACAGAAACAACAGAGCCAGUUGUCAUCACAGGCACAUUAACAACAACAACAACUCCUUCAGCAUCGCCACAAGUGAUUAUUACACCUACAUCACAAGCAGUCACCACCAGCCAGUGCAUUUGCAAUGUUAAUGGGACACAGUAUCUACCAGGGAACCUAGUGUAUAAUGUGACCGAUGCUUCAGGGUGGUGCUUUACGGCUUACUGCAAAGCAACGUGCCAAGUUGAAGUGGAAUCAAAUCCAUGUCCUUCUACACCACCCACUGUAUCACCCACAACAUCAGAAGAGACCACGACCACACCACCAACAACUCAAUCCUCGCCAGACUGCACUAGCGUUCAGCCACCAAGAAAGAAUGGAGAAUCUUGGCAGCUGAAUAGCUGUACCACAGCAGUUUGCCAGGACGGCAUUGUUGUCCAGCUACCAGUAAAAUGCAAUCCAGUGGAGCCACUACAGUGUGAGAAUGGUCGUCCACCUGUCAAGGUCUAUGAUUCAACUGGAUGCUGCUUUACAUAUGAAUGUGAAUGUGUAUGCAGUGGAUGGGGUGGAUCUCACUACAUGACAUUUGAUGGAGUAUAUUACAAUUUCCAGGAGAACUGCUCAUACACCUUAGUGAAAGAAAUCAACUUCAAAUACAACCUUACCAUUAUUGUUGAUAAUCACUACUGUGGAAACGCCGACAGUGGAUUCUGUCCUCAGUCCCUUAUCAUUCAUUACAAAUCCUAUGAAGUGAUUCUAACCCAGCAGAGAUCUGGUGACACAACAGAAAAUGUGGUAUAUGUCAACAGUAAACGAAUCUACCCAGCUUACAGAAUGGGUGACAUUGCUCUAACAAGUACUGGUGUGGAGGUCGUGCUGGAGAUCACUGAUCUUAAGGUUCAGGUGUCUUACAAGGGGUCAUCAUUUAGCAUCAACCUUCCUUAUUCCCUCUUCCAAAGCAGCACAGAGGGCCAGUGUGGUACCUGUGACAAUUCCCAGAAGAAUGACUGCCAGUCACCUAAUGGUCAGACACAACGCUGCUCAGUCGCAGCUAGCCAGUGGCUGAUUCCAAACCAGGACUGUCCAACUCCUCCAACAGCACCACCCUCUACCACCACGGCAACCCCAAGCACAUCCCCUACCCCCUGCAAGACAGUCAUUUGUGAAAUCAUGAACAGCAAGGUCUUUGAGGAAUGCCAUAAAGCGGUUUCUCCUGAUGCCUUCAUUCAGGCCUGUAGAUCAGAUGUCUGCAACAAUGCUAUUUCUAGCUGCUCUAGUCUGGAGGCGUAUGCAUCUGAAUGUGCAAAUAAAGGGAUCUGCAUUGACUGGAGGAAGUCCACAGAUGGAGAAUGUGAGCAUACAUGCCCAGACACUAAGGUGUACAUGCCAUGUGGUCCAGCAGUUGAACCAACAUGUAAUACAAAAUAUAAUGAGAAGUAUUUGAACAACCAAACCCAAAUGACCAAUAAGACGAAGGAGGGUUGCUUCUGUCCAUCUAAAACCAUCUUGUUCAGCACCUACUCUGAUACUUGUGUGGUCUCCUGUGGCUGCACUGGACCUGAUGGCAACCCCAAAAUGCCUGGUGAUACAUGGGAGAGUGGUUGCCAGCAGUGCACCUGUGACAUGGACUCCAUGAUUGUCCAGUGCCAGCCUAUCACCUGCCCCACACCAGCCACACCCAUCUGCAAUGAGACUGGAUACAGACUGGUGAACAACGCAGAAGGCUGCUGCCAGAAAUAUACAUGUGAGUGCGAUGCACUGCUUUGCCCCAAAGUCAUGAUGGACUGCCAACCAGGGUGGGAGGCAAUUAUAAGCACGUCCAUCUCAAGUUGCUGUCCAGAGUAUACCUGUGUUCCUAAGGGUGUAUGUGUCUACAAUAACGUUGAGUACCAGCCUGGUGCUGAAAUUCCUAAAGGAACAUGCGAGAAUUGCACCUGCAGCUCGAUCAUGGAUCCUAGCACCAAGCUCAACAACAUUAUGUGCACAAAUAUCUCCUGCGACACUACAUGUUCACAGGGCUUCCAGUAUCAGGCCAUACCUGAUCAGUGUUGUGGGAAGUGUGUACAAACAAGCUGUGUGGUUACUAUGCCAGAUAAGACCAAACACACUAUUCAGGUGAACGACACGUGGUCACCACCUGGUGACAAAUGUGUGAAGUACACAUGUGAGAAACCUGGUGGCCAAUAUUUACCAGUGGAGGUGAAGACUGUGUGCCCUGCUUUCAGCCCAGAGAACUGUGUCCCAGGCACAGAAAAGACAGACGCAAAUGGAUGCUGCAAGACUUGCACAGAACGCAGCAAUGUCUGUGAGAUGAAGUACACCACCACUAGCAUUGUCAUCAGUGGCUGUGCGACCGCUGAGCCUGUGGAGAUCAAUUCCUGCUCAGGAAACUGUGGAACCUCUUCUAUGUACUCAGCAGAGGCGAACACCAUGAUGCACUAUUGCUCCUGCUGCCAAGAGGCGACCACUAGCCAGAAAGAGGUGGAGCUGAUGUGCCCUGAUGGGUCAAAGGUCAAGCACUCCUACAUCCACGUUGAGUCGUGCGGAUGCCAUGUCACAGACUGUGAUGCAGGCACAACCACCGCCACGGGGACAACGAGACAGCGCAGGAGGAGGCGCUAAACGUCUAGGGAGACAACAUGCACACUGACAUCGCAAUUGUCAUCAUGACAUCGAAUGUUUUAGUCCAAAUUUGUUUUCUUGUUACGUUUUAAUUAAAUCUGUCAUGCCAGUGUAUUUCUACAAUCGGCAACACUUAGUGUUAUGUUCUUAUACCUUCAUUGUGGAAUUAAUGUAUUUUCUAUGAUAAAUGUAGUGGAGAAUCUCUUUUCUCAUUUGUAGUGAUUAAUAAACAACAGCAACUUCAA